AUGGCCACAUUUUCGAGAUUGAAACUCUUGUCAAGGCGAAUUACAACUUGCUCCAGAGAAACUACAUUAUUCAAACCGAGCUACAAUAGUCUUAGAGAUUUGAAUUGUUUUCUAAAUAAAUUGACAGGAAACCCAUGUUUAUUAGGGAACCGCUUACUUGGCAAAUCAUUUACUGCAUCAAGCACGGAUUUAAGCCCUUCAAACGAAGAUGAUGAAUUGAAAGAAAACCCAUUCUACGAGAAGUAUGCGGAUAAAAUAAAGGAAUCAAGACACCCUGGAAGCCAGAAACCGCUUUCAAAGGAAGAAGUGUCGUAUCGCAUGAAUUACGAAGCAAAAAAGUGGAAAAAACACAUGAAGAGUAUUGAGCAAAAACUUGGCUCAAAAGGCGAGGUUGAUAUGGCAGGAAAGUCUUCAUUGCCAAAAAAUCUCAAUGAUAUUUUAAAAUUAGAUCAAAUGCAAGGAAAAAACAAGGACGAAAUAGGACAUAUAUGGACUGAGUAUUUCAAAAGCAAACAGUCAAUCAGUGCUGUGAUUCCAAAAGAGAUCUAUGAUAGAAUAUUUAUCAGAUCACUGAGUUGCCCGUUAUUCAUAUACCCCUUGGUGAAAGAGCAAGGUUAUGAGUUUAUGCUUGCACAAUUUCAAGAAAACCAGUGUUUUUUUACGUCAUUACUUAAUUACCAAGCUCAUGGUGAAAAUGCACCCUGGCAAAUGAACCUUACUCAUUACACAGAGCUAAAGGAUGAAAAAGAUAUUGUUCUUAUGUUGGGAGAAGUUGAUACUGAUAAGCUGAACAUUCUGGAAGCCCAGUGCCUUGCACAGCAAGUACAGAUGUUUUAUGCUACAGCAGAUGAGGAGCGAUUUAACUUGGUGUAUACUUUCAACAAAAACCCAAACAACUUUAAGUAUAUGGAUGUUAUCAAGGAAGUUGAGGCUAGUCGAUUGAUAGAAAGUCUUCAUAUAACAAGUUAAAGACAUUCUCUUAGAAUAUAGAAAGCCUUGAAUACAAACAUAUUCAAAGUACAGCUUUAUGCAUAAAUGUUUAUUUUUUUGCUUUAUUUAACUUUCUUCAAGUAGAAAUCUCUAAGAUAUAAGAGUAUUAAAACAAAAUAAUAUUAUGUACUGAAAUUUGCUUUUCAAAGACAUAUUGCUAAAGCUAAAAAGAAUUUUGUUCACUUGAAAGAUACUGAAGGCAAUAAUCUGAAUUUGAAUGAUCUUACAAAAGGAAAUCGUAAUGGAUGUUUUAUCAUGGUCUGCUAAAGUUUUAGUGCUUUUAAAUGGUUUUAGUGGUGUUGGUAUCCAAUGCAGCACAGGUAAUGCAUACUAUAACACUACAACUUUCAACAAAUUGUGGGUUAAUAUAAUCAGUGGAUUUGUCCAAUAGGUACCUCACUACAAGGUCAUACUUGUGAGACAGGUGGAUAUAUGACAACUGUUGCAGUAUUUCAUUUCAUGUGACUGCUUGUGUUUGUUUCUCAGCAUGAACAUAAUUUACUCACUCACAACUCAUUGACUAAAAAAUCAGUAAAAGUUUUGUUUACAAUAUCUCUUUGUUUCCUUAAAAUAUUAAAUGAUAGGAAGGUACUGACCAUUCAAUAUAAUGAAAUGAUUUUAAAAAGCUGUACCUAAUGUAGCUUAAUGCAUUCAAUUUUUAAGUUUCCAUCUUGUGUCAUGCGUGAUACAAUGCUGUCAAUAUCUGCAUCAGGAGGAGCAUUGAACUUUUUUGUAAACUCUUUAUGAAAGAUCCGCCUCUCACUUCCUUCUUUUGCCUCAACUUUCUUUACACCAUUUAUGGUAAUCUCCUUCCCAUAUACUUUAACUUUCAUAUCUUCUGGGGAAUAACCUUCAGCAUCAACCAUGAGAACAUAUGUCUGGUCAUCAACAAGUCUGAAAUCACCACAUAUGACAGGCUUUCUUACUUUGGUUGUUGUGAGACUCUUUGGUGCUUCCUUUUCUACAUUAUCAUAUGACGAGUAUCUGACUUCAUUUCUCUUUGAGUUUGCAGCCUUUGUUUCAUCAUUCAGCGAGUUGUGCCUUUGCACAAUUUGACUUUUGUUGCUAGAACCCCCAGUGACAACAAGUACACCCUCGUUAUUGAUCUUAUAUGCAAUGUCUGAACGAUCAAGACCCUCUGGGAGUGGGUAUUUUCGAUAGAAUUCGCAAGUUUCGUAUCCAAAAUCGGAUUCAGCGAAAUGCUUCCCUUCGGCUAUCAGAAACCCCUCUUCGAAUUUGACAAUAAUCUCAUUUGGAGCAUAGUGGCUGACAUCAAGAUUAACUCGGAAUCUUGGCUUCUUCUUUGCCGUGAUUGGGGUGACACAAAUCUGGGGUGAAGCUCAGGGACAAUGCUGUAGCGGUUUGGUGGAAAUGUAGGUAGAACUUCAUUCCCCUUUGGGAGCUUGCUGGGAUCUGGGUCCUUCCAUAGCAUGCUUGAUCUGAAAAAUUACACAACAUUUGUUAAUUUAAAGUUCGCAGGAGAUUGCCUUGCAAAUUCAAUAGGAGAUUGUGAGAUUGGAAGGAAAACGGAGGGCUGGGUCAGCAAAAUACACGGAGGAAUAUAUAGAAGGCAAGUAUCUUCAAAUGAAAUCCAAUUAUUGGCUGUUUGUGAAAAUUAACAUCAAUUAUAGUUUUUGAAAAAGUAACAUGCAUAGAUACAGUUUCGUAUACAAGUUAAUUGUUCUUGUAUCAACGACAGAUUAAAACUGUAAACCCGACUAGAUUGGAAAGGCUGUUUGGUAUGGUUUAAUCAAGAGCUUUGUCUAAUUAACAAUUUUUUUU